ACUCCAAAGUGAGAUGUAGUGGGUAAACCGAUCUGGGCUGCUGUGGGUGAGAAUGGGAGGCCUAGUUUUUGUGGAGGUGGCUAUCUGUCCCUCGAUGUCCUGGGGACAGUCCCUGUAGGUAAUCGGUCUUACGGCACGGGAACAGAGAGCAUCCUGGCCCCGUGGGCUCCCUGGACACUCUGUCCUUACCUCCAUUAUUACUAAACCGGGUGUUUGGGUGUCUCCAAGCAACAGCAAUUGACAAGUGGACAGCGGGGUUCGAGGCUAGGCUUUACCGGGGCUUCUGCUCCAACACAAGGGAGACGGCGCAAGGAGAAGAAUCCUCAGGCUGACUCGCUGGGGCGAGAAUCUUUUGCUCCUGGUUAAGUGACAAUAACUUGCACGCUCCUCUCCCCGCCAAUUCCUGUAAUGGGCAAUAGUUGCUUUGGCUUUAAGAAAUGGCCAAUUCGGCGUCUGCGGCCUCUGCCCACCCUGAUUAUCAUCCCUGCCCUCAUGCCCCAGAACAAGAACAAGGACUGCUGCGUUGUGCUUGGCACCGCUGGCGUGGGCAAGAGUGUGUCCGUGCAGAGGUGGGUGCGUGUCAACUUUCCCGAUGCGUACCUGCCAACCAUCGCAGAUACCAACCUCCAUGUGCUGAGCUCCAACCACGGCGUCGGGGCGCUGUACAGCACGGAAGCCACCGGCAGCCCCCGCUACCCGGGUCUGCAGCGCCUCGCCGUUGCUAGGGGCCCUGCUGUCUUCCUGGUUUACUCCGCCAACAAGAAGCAAACCGUGGAGGAGCUGAAGCCUUUCUAUAAGCUGAUCUACAAAGUCAAAGACAAUACCUUGCAUGAAUACCCUAUCGUUUUGGUGGACAGCAAAUGCCAAGAAAGCCGCUGGGAGUCUAUGGUAAGUGCUGCCUGCGCGUUGGAGUGGAAUUGUGCCUUCUUGGAGACCUCCGCUGAGAUGGAUAUCAGUGUGCAGGAGAUAUUUCACACGCUGCCAAACCAGGAGAAGAUGCCUGCCGCCUGCCUUCACCAUCCCCAGAAGAAAUCCCUGAUGCCCGAGACCGCGGAGAAGCUGCUUAACAAGUGCACCGUCAUGUGAGCCCCGGGGUCCUAGGAUUGCAAACUUCUUCCCUUAAGUGUGCGGGAAAACACGGAGCGGUCCCAGUGUAAUGUGUUACGUGUGUGAACGACUUCUGUGCUGUGGUUUGGGUAACAACUAGGUGCCAAGGAGGACAGGAAAAAAAAAAAAGGAGAGCUAUGCAUUUGAAGAUUACUUGUAUAGACGUUAGAGAUUAAUAUUUGAAAUAGAGAAUGAAAUGCUUGAAAGGAAUUGAAAGAGGCCACUGCUCUUCUCGGAGCUCUAAUUAUCGUGUGUUAUUUUACAAACAUUCCAAGUCCUAAAAAUUGCCAUUGUGUAUUUAAUUGUUAAAAAAUGUGUUUUGGGGACGCCUGGGUGGCUCAGUCCUUAAGCGUCUGCCUUGGGCCUAGGUUAUGAUCCCAGCACCUUGGGAUGGAGCACCAUGUUGGGCUCCCUGCUCAGUGGGGAGCCUGCUUCUCCCUCUCCCACUCCCCAUGCUUGUGUUCCCCCUCUCACUGUCUCUCUCUGUCAAAUAAAUAAAUAUUUUAAAAAUGUGGUUUUGCCACCAAAACUGGCAGAUGAAUUUCAAACAGACAUGUUAAACAAGAUAAAUAAAUGGAUAUUCUAGAGCUGAGCAUCGAGGGUGGGGGUAGAGAAAAUGGGGAAAGUGGAACUUGCUUACUAAAUGUGUGCCAGUUGUUUUCAAAGUCAUUUAAAAAUGUUUGGGUAUUUCAUGUAGCAGUUUUUGUGACUCAAAUAAAGCUUUUCCUGCAUGCAAUCAGCUUUAUAAUGUCUUUUUC